GCCAGGGGAUGAGCAGGCUGGGGCGCUGGGGCUAGAGCCCAUGGUGGGCCGCCAUUGUCGCCCCGCCGAGGCAGCCCCCUGGUUGUCGUCGAUAGCUGCGGGUUCACGGUGGUGGGACGGGUUCACGACGAGGAUGAGUUCCUGAGUUGGUGCCAUGGUUGCGCUCCCGGCCUCCGAGACCACGGUCCUCAUUGCAGGCGCCACGGGCUACAUCGGCCGCUACGUCGUCCGCGAGCUCCUCCGCCGGGGGGGGCACCGCGUGCUCGCCGUGGCCCGCCCCCGCAGCGGCAUCCGCGGCCGCAACUCCCCCGAGGACGUCGUCUCCGACCUCGCGCCCGCGCGCGUCGUCUUUUCCGACGUCACCAACCCGGUCGGGCUCCUUGCGGACCUCUCCCCGCACGGGCCCAUCCACGCCGCCGUUUGCUGCCUCGCCAGCCGCGGCGGCGGCGUGCAGGACUCGUGGCGCGUCGACUACGAGGCCACGUUGCACACGCUCCAGGCCGCGCGCGGGCUCGGCGCGGCCCACUUCGUGCUCCUCUCCGCCAUCUGCGUCCAGAAGCCGCUCCUCGAGUUCCAGCGCGCCAAGCUCAAGUUUGAGGAGGUGCUCGCCGCCGAGGCAGCGGGGGACCCCGCGUUCACCUACAGCAUCGUGCGCCCCACGGCGUUCUUCAAGAGCCUUGGCGGCCAGGUCGAGACCGUCAAGAACGGCCAGCCGUACGUUAUGUUCGGCGACGGCAAGCUCUGCGCCUGCAAGCCCAUCAGCGAGGAGGACCUUGCCGCGUUCAUCGCCGAUUGCAUCUUCCACAAGGACAAGGCCAACAAGGUGCUGCCCAUCGGCGGGCCGGGGAAGGCGCUCACGCCGCUGGAGCAGGGGGAGAUGCUGUUCCGGCUGCUCGGACGCGAGCCCAAGUUCAUCAAGGUGCCGAUCCAGAUCAUGGAUGGAGUCAUCUGGGUGCUCGAUGGAUUGGCCAAGCUGUUCCCGGGGAUGGAGGACGCCGCCGAGUUCGGCAAGAUUGGAAGGUACUACGCGUCGGAGAGCAUGCUGCUGCUGGACCCUGAGACCGGGGAGUACAGCAACGAGUUAACGCCAAGCUAUGGCAAGGACACGCUCGAGCAGUUCUUUGAGAGGGUGAUAAGGGAAGGGAUGGCGGGGCAGGAGCUUGGCGAGCAGACUAUGUUCUAGGGCCUUU